AUGGUCGGAACGGACCAAGGUGUGAAUGCGCUUCUAGUUCUCCACUCUGCGGACUUGCCAAAACGGGCUGCUGCCGGUUAUACCCGCGGCGUCCUGAAUCCCUACAUCUACGACCCUUCAGUUUCUCUCGCUAGUAUUGGCGCCACCAUCAUCAUACUCAUAUCCAUCCUCUCCGUCUACCAAUAUCUGCGACAUCGAUCAUGGUUCUUUUGGACAGCUGUCAUUGCUAUUCUGAUGCUGACACUUGGCCACAUCUGCCGUCUUGUUUCUUCCCUUGAUGAGUUCCAGGAUUUGCCCUUUCUUGUCUCCUGGCUCAUGAUCCUACUUGCGCCCUCUUUCCUGGCUGCCGCAUGCUACACCGCUUUCUCACGUGUGGUAUGGUUCUCUUGCCCGACAUACGCACUCAACUUCAAGACCCUGUGGUGCUUUCCAAGAUGGAUCACCACGACAUUCGUCAUCUUCGACCUUUUCUCGUUCCUCAUCCAGCUCGUAGGCGCCAGCCAGAUCAGUCGGCAAUACGACAAGGACGCCUCACCAUCCCGCUCGAUUGAAGCAUCCGAACGCAAGGCACUACCUGGACGAGUCAUCCUGGUCCUCGGUCUGGUGCUGCAGAUGCUAUGUUUCCUAUCCUUCAGCAUCAUCUCAGUGCGCUACUUUGUCAUCUCUCGACACUGGCGCGCCUUCGAUCUAGGCGAUAUGAAACUCUGGCGCAAGCUGUCCUACACCAUCAACCUAUCGUCUUGCCUCAUCGCCGUCCGCGCCAUCUAUCGCACCAUGGAGAUCCCGCAUGACCAAGACUACGGGCUCAUUUACUUGCAGAGCCACGAAUGGUGUUUCUGGACGUUCGAUGCGCUGCCCAUCCUGGCAGUACUGGUCGUGUUUGCCGUCUGGCAUCCUGGACGAUAUCUGCCAAGGAGCUACACAGGACUGAAGCUGGACAAAGUCAGAGCGAUGAAGGAGAAGGACGAGGUUUCAAUUAUGACCAGUGGACAUCAAGAGGCCGAGUUGAUGGACUUUAAACCCGAGGACUUUCAGCCCCAACGACCUAAUGAAGGGGUCUGA